AUGCCUGCCAUCCGCCAUGCCAGCAAGCGCAAAUCUCCCCCAGCAGGCUUCUCCGACAUCGAAGACGACCUCUUAAUUUUCAGCAAUAAAAUGAAAGACGCAGAGAACGCGCCCUCGACGAAUGUCCCCCGACACGCUGUGCACUGGCCCAUAUUCCAAAUCAGCCAUCAGCGCAGCAGAUAUAUCUACGAGCUGUACUACGAGAAGGAGGCAAUCAGCAAGGAGCUCUAUGAGUACUUGCUGAAGAAUGCUUAUGCGGACAAGAUGCUGAUUGCGAAGUGGAAGAAGACCGGAUAUGAAAAGCUGUGCUGUCUCCGCUGUGUACAAACGAAGGAGACAAACUUUAACUCGACGUGUAUAUGCAGGGUUCCAAAGGCCCAGAUGAAGGAGGAUCAAGCGGUGGAAUGCGUAAGCUGUGGGUGCAGAGGGUGUGCGUCGAGUGAUUAA